UAUGGCGGUCGAUUAGUGUGUUGAUAUUUGGUCGAAUGACUUGUUUUGGGCGAAUAUCUCGACGAUUUUGCCGCAAAUACCUAGUUAUUAAAAUUUAAAGCCUUGAAAUGUGCCAAGCACAGCAGGCAAACCUCACUUCAACAACGUAGAUUUCUUUCUUAUAGUUCUGGAAUCUCCUUUUGCACUAGUAGCCUCUCACUCACAGCAGGAAAUAUGACUGAGCGUUCAAAAAAGUUUGUUGAGGCUCUGAAUUCAGAUUUCCGUGCUUUAUCAAACGAAACAAGAAAGAAAUUCCAUCCUGUAAAAGAGGCAGCAGAAGCUGGCAUUUUGAAACUACGAAAUCUUCCUGCUAUUUACCAAAAAGACAAAGACAUAUACCGAGUUUUGUCAGAAGAAACAGAGAUAAUUCAACCUUUCUUACUGGGAUGUGACACAAAAAGUCUUCGUGUAGUUCAAAUAUCUUUGACAGCAUUACAGAGGCUGAUCUCUCAUCAAGCCAUCUCAGAGGCUUCUGCGAAGAACCUAAUCAGUACAUUAUGGUUGUUGAUGGAAACUGGGCUGGAGGAGUUGAGAAUCUUGCAAACAUUGCUGUUAAUUUUGACAACCACAAAAAUUGUAGCUGGGGAAUCAUUUGCCAAGGCAAUAGUCUUGUGCUUUAAGUUAUAUUUCUUCAAAGAUGUGACUAUCAGUAGUACAGCAGCUGCAAGUGUUCGACAGAUUGUCUCAGCUGCUUUUGAUAGAGUUGUGUAUGAAGACAAUGAAGAGGGAGACAAUGAACCUGAAUUCAACCCACCAAGUCCAAGACAUAAAAAUUGUCCAGUCAGUCUAAGACCAUUUGCAAGAGAUGCUUAUUUGUUAUUUCAGGAUCUUUGUCAGCUGACAAAUGGUGAGCAACCAUAUUGGCUUGUUGGAAUGGACGAAAUGAUGAGAACGUUUGGAUUGGAAUUACUGGAGAAUGUUUUGAAGAGUUUUCCUAAUAUAUUCCUAAAGCAUCCUGAGUUCAGUUUUCUUCUCAAAGAAAGAGUGUGUCCACUUGUUAUAAAGUUGUUUUCACCGAGCAUCAAGUUUCGGCAAGGAUCGGGAAACUCAUCAGAACCACCUUUAGAGAAACCGGUUUUCCCUGUUUCUAUGAGGUUAUUGCGGAUCGUAUCGGUCUUGAUAGAACAGUUCUACACGUUACUGGUGACAGAAUGUGAGAUCUUCCUCUCGUUGUUGGUAAAGUUCUUGGAUAUUGACAAACCAUUUUGGCAACGUUCACUCGCUUUGGAAGUAUUACAUAUUCUAUGUCUUCAGCCCAAACUACUCAGAUCGUUCUGUCAAUACUAUGACAUGCAAGAACACUCGACCAAAGUCUUCCACGAUCUCGUCAACUCGUUGGCUAGUUUCAUCCAAUCACUUUACUCCGGUGCUGGGCAGCAGACUCCUUCAGUAACUCCACCUCACUCCCCUUCGUCACAACCUCCUCCGACCCAGUCCACUACAGGAAAUACAGCGGCUAAUGGCGGUACUCCAGUGCCUGGUUUUCACUACCAUGGCGUGUGGCUACCUCUUGUAAAGUUACCUUCAGGACAAGCAAAACCUGUCUAUCUGGAACAGUUGGAUAGAAUUCAAACUCCAAAUGUGGCUGAAGCUUAUGCAAUGACCGUUGCCUUCAAAACUUUGUUAGCCCUGGUUAAUAGCAUUGAUGUUCUUGUCAAGUCGACGAUGAAGAAAGAAAAUGACGCGAAAGUUGAGGGAUGGAUAGAACCGAAUGAGGACGUGAAGACACCAGACCAGACUGGAGUUGGGACUGAAGCUGUUGAAAAUAGCAAUAAUGAAGAAGAAGAAAAUCUAAACGAAGUUUGGAAACAGAUGUUAAAUUCUUCCUGGUGUGGUCUGCUUGCUGCUCUGUCGCUGCUGUUGGAAGCGAGUAACAACGAAUCAUCAACGGAAGGAAUCUUAAAAUGCUUUCAAAUUUUAUCAAACAGUUGUGGCUUACUUGAUCUAACAUUCCCGCGGGAUGCAUUCAUUAUGUCCCUAUGUAAAGCCUCUUUACCAUCCCAAUGUUCCCUAUCUGUACUUAGCGUUCCCUCAUUGGACACGGCUGUUGAUGCCAAGUUGUUACCGUCCCAAGAUCCUGGGCACGCGGAAAAGCCCGGGGAUAACGGAAGUGGGUUUCCGACCAUGGUUGCGGGUAUGGCGCCUGGAGCACAAAGCGGGCCUGUGACGUUGUCUUCAAAGAACAUUCGCUGUAUGAGAGCAAUUUUAAACCUCGCUCAUUGUCACGGAGGAAUAUUGGGAUCAUCGUGGUAUAUACUGCUUGCCACUUUAAAGCACUUGACCUGGAUGCUGGGACUUAUACCCGCGGAUGGAGGCAGUUUAAAAUCGGGUCCGAUUAACGAAAUUCCAAAUUUGGUCGUCAGUUCCUCUUUGAAAACAGAAAUACCAGUUCUGUCCGCCAUGUUGUCCAGGCUUUUUGAAAGCUCACGAUUCCUAGAUGAUGUUGCCGUCCACCACUUAAUCGACGCACUGUGUCGACUCUUGUCUGAAUCUGCUGAUCAAGCGGAAAGCAGCAAGGAUCCAUCGUUAUUUCCGAUUGCAAAGCUACUGGAGACGGGCUUACAUAAUCUUCAUAGAAUACCUGUGCUGUGGAAACCACUCACUGCUCAUUUACUUGAGGUGUGUCAGAGUCGUUAUACACGCAUGCGCGAAUAUGGUGCUGAGGCUGUGACGAUGUUGGUUCGUGAGGCUCUGAAUUUUGAUCACAAACCUCCGCUUGUUGCAAACUCGCAACUCCAGUCCAUGAUCUUAUCUCCACUACAAGUUAUGUCAAGCAACAACAAUGGCGAUGUUCGUAAUAGGCAGUUGGAAUGCGUUCUUAAGAUUCUGCAAUCAAAUGGUCAAAAUUUGGGAACUGGAUGGCCGGUUAUUGUUGGUGUGGUUGGGGCGGCUACGAACCAGAAAGGUUCUGCUAUAAUUCAAUCCGGAUUUCAAAGUCUUCAACUUAUUAUUACUGAUUAUCUUCCAAUGAUCCCGCAUUCUGAUUUAAAACUGGUCAUAGAGGUCGUUGGAAAAUAUGGUCUACAGCCCCAAGAAUUGAAUAUCAGUUUAACUGCCGUCGGAUUGUUGUGGAAUAUCUCGGAUUUUCUUAAUCAAAAUCGCGUCACCAUUCAAGAGGCUUUGGAGCAACAGGACACCCAUGCUUCCGAACCUACAAGAGACGAUCCUGCACUGCCUGCUUCUGACCGCCUGUGGAUGGCGCUGUAUUCUAAGAUGGGUGAACUUUGUGUUGAUCCCAGACCUGCCGUCCGUAAGAGUGCGGGUCAGACACUGUUUUCCACCAUAGGUGCGCAUGGUUCGUUGUUGGAUAAGGUUACAUGGUACACAGUGCUUUGGCAGGUUCUCUUUCCUCUACUAGAACGCGUCAAGAAAAUGUCGAGUUCAGCCGCUUCAGUCCCCCCACCAAGCGACACGUCCACACAAGGCAGGAUCCUCAUGCAUCAUUCACGUGACACGGCCGAAAAACAAUGGGACGAGACACGGGUGUUGUCUCUCAAUGGCGUUGCGCGCGUUUUUAACACGCGACGCCAACUCCUCGCAUCACUGGACGAGUUUCCAAGAGCCUGGGCUCUACUUUUGGAGUUCGUUGAAGCGUCUGCUUUAAGCAAGUCCGCUGAGGUAUCGCUGGCAGCACUAAAAAGCUUCCUUGACAUUGUACAAGAUCCGACACCCGACGACGAAGUGAAAGAGCCCGAAGCCGUGUUCAACGAAAAAAGCGGGAACUUUGUUAGCAAAGGUCGAACUAAACUUAAAGUAAAACCGAAAUUUUGUGAAGCCAGUGAGGAUAUAAAUUUAUGGGUCAACGCUUGGCGUGUCUGGUGUAACAUCGGCAUAACUUCUACCUCGUCGACAAACACACUAAGGGUUAAAAAGGACUCGAAUGGACAAGUUGUAAAAUACCGCGUUUAUCCAACUCAAUCCUUUUUAUCCGCUUUAAUCGACGUGUUUCCUUAUUUAUUCCCACGUAUCUACUCGCGUUUCGGACUUUCCGAUUUGCAAAAAUUAUCACAAGUUUUAGUUAGUUCGUUGAAGGUGCCCGUGCACAUAGACUCGGCUCCAUUCCUAACAACGGCGCAUGACUCUGUUUUGACGUCAUUACAAGUAUCAAUUUCAAAUGCUCUGGACAUGCUCCGCGAACCAAUCCCUGAGCAUGGUUCAGUAUUGGAUAACCAAUCACAGCCAAUGUAUCCAACGGUUUUUGCAAUGUUACUUCAAGUGGUAAACUUUGCCUGUCAUCCUCCGACUGUGGACGAGACGGAAGAAGGUGUAAACAGGAAAAGGGACUGGAUCAUACCAAGUCUGGUGCCGUUUUCUGAGAGUUGCUUGGAGCGAGUGGCGGACUUGUACCAAGUCUGUGCGGACAAUGAGAGUGUGAUUCAAGAUCACGUGAUAUUUAGUAUUAUUAAGACAUUGCACGAUCCGCUGAAACUAAAAUACAAAUGCCAACGACAGACGACAUGGAAAUUGGCCAUCAAUUCACUGAUAACAGUCUUAGAAAAGAGCUUGCCUGUUGCUUAUAAAGACACAAGAACAGAGUUGUUUCAUUCCAUGUGGGAGGAACUCGCUGCAUCAUUUGAAGACUUUCUCUUUGCGACAAGCAAUCCUCCUGAUACCCAAACAUUGGAAAAUCAUUUGAGUGACGAGCAACUUGAUCUUAAGGUACUUCACGUUAUACGUGAUGACAUCCUGCCGCACUCGCAUAUAGUACCACGUGAUUUUCUUUCAAGAAUAAUGACGUUAUUAAACAAAGGCUCCAUUCAUUCCGCCACGAACUCAACUUUGGAAGGUUUAGAUGGUAGUAAGUUUCCACUAAGAGAAGAGUUUGCUAAGACAUGUUUCGAAAUUCUUUUGGAAUUUUCCUUUUCAAAUGGAGAUGCGAAAGGAACUCAGAAAGAAGUGAAAGUUUCCCAACUGGCCAUCGACUCUUUGCUUGGCCGCUGUAAAGAGGUUCUUUCUAAAUACAGUGAGGAUGAUAAACUCGGCGGGAAAUGUCCCUUACCAAGAACUAGAAUGGCUGAAGUAACGUUCGUCAUAAAAGCGAUGGCAACCUUGGUCUCAUCUUUGAAGAAAACCUCAAAUUCUCCGUCAAGUAGCUGUAAAGUGGAUCCCAAACUUUGGUCGCAAGUCGUCGAGAUUUAUCCGUGCCUCGUCGAUUGCAUUACGUGCAGUUCCGAUGCCGUACGAGAGGCUUUGAAACAAACACUUUUCGAAUUUAAAGAUCUUUUACUGCAUGAGCCCAAUAGCAAAUCUACGGAAUUUAUUCAUCAAUGAGAUCCAACGCAAAGGCACAAAGUUACGCUGUGAAAAUAUGUCUCCUUGCAACUUUCCCAAGUUGGCAAACAAAGAAACAAUAUUUAAAUUAAAGUUCAGUGAUUUACGCUAAAUCUUUAUGAAUUCAACAUUAACACCCCGUAUCGCAACAUUAAGAUUCACAAGCACACCCACAAUAUGUACGCUAAAGAUGCCUGUGAAGUGAAUUUCAGGAACCAGUUUGUUGUUCGUAGCCGCUUUAGGCUGGAUAGCAGAGAGGCGAAAAUAAAUCGAUCAAGUUCAUUAAAUAACCACAGUUUGCAACAACACAUUCAGUGCUUGCAGUAAUUACGUUAAAGCAUUCGCAAAAUGUGUAAAACUGUUACACAUUUUUUGUUUAUUCACCCUAUAACGGUUUCCGAACAACUGUCUCCAGGAAUGUAAUGAGAAAAGGUUAUACUGAUAGGAAUUAUCAUUAUAUAUAAUAUAACCAAGCCCGCGAUGUGUGGUUCUUGAUGAUUUGAUAAAAUGAAUUUGUAUUCCACGUUUCAUUUUCUCAGAGCGCAUGUAGUUAGUAUGCGUUAUAUAUAUGCGUGACAAAGAACCUCCCGCGGGAAAAAUGUGCAGGAAAAUGUGAUUAUUCUCCACCAGAAAACCAGUAAUACUCAUUUAUAUCCUAAUAAUUCUAUAUUGAAUGAAUGCUUGAUAUUAUACAAAAUAAUUUUUAUAAUGAAAAUAAUAAAUAUAAUUAUUUUUA